AGCAAGGAUGGUCAUGCAAGAAUCAUACUCUCCCAUAUUCAUAGAUUGUCCCGAAUGUGAAGAAGAACAUUCCUGACUUUGACUCGGGGUUGGGUACUAAAAGACAAAGGGCACCGUCAUAACCGCAUCUUUAUCUGGUUGGAAAGUCAACUUCAUCAACUCAGAUCCAAACUCCGCAUGAAGUUAACUGCACAACAACAAUCGACUUAUUCAUUUCCUUGUUUCUAGACAGCGAAAUGCUGGAUUCAGCUACCUAGUGUGUCUGUAACGCCAAAGAGAAUCCCAUGUCCGGUGCUUUCCCUAACUCCAUCGUUCGCCUUGUACCAGGGAGCAGAAUCAGCAGAUGCUGUUCUACGUCGGCUGUGAUAUGGAGCUCUUUAGGAAGCUUACUUUUGCUUCAUCUAUAUUCCACUAUUGACCACAAACAUGGGGAUGGUGGAGAGGUCCAAUUCCGUGUAAGCCGUUAUCACCAUUAUCCUCAAUUCCGUGAACUUCAACAAGUGGAAGAGGAGAAGAUCCAACUUCCGUCACCAAAAGGGAAGAGGUCUCCUCGGGCAGCAAAACGCAGGCCUAAGCGGAUAAGCCCACUGGUUGAUGAAUUCUUGGAUGAAGAUUCACGACUGAGACAUGUUUUCUUUCCUGGUAACAAGAGUGCUAUAGAUCCAAUGAAGGCCAUGGGAAAUGAUAGUUAUUACUACUACCCAGGGAGAAUUUGGUUGGAUACUGAUGGAAAUCCCAUUCAAGCUCAUGGAGGGGGCAUUCUAUAUGAUGAAAAAUCACGCACAUACUACUGGUAUGGUGAAUAUAAAGAUGGGCCCACGUACCAUGCUCAUAAGAAAGGAGCUGCCCGGGUGGAUAUUAUAGGAGUUGGUUGCUAUUCUUCUAAGGACUUGUGGACCUGGAAACAUGAGGGUAUUGUAUUGGCAGCAGAGGGAAAAAGUGAAACUCACGACCUGUACAAGUCUAAUGUGCUUGAGAGGCCAAAAGUGAUUUACAACGAGAAAACCAGAAAGUAUGUGAUGUGGAUGCACAUUGACAAUGCCAAUUAUACAAAAGCUGCUGUUGGCAUAGCAAUUAGUGAUAUGCCUGAUGGUCCAUUUGAAUACCUCGGAAGCCAAAGGCCACAUGGAUGUGAAAGCAGGGAUAUGACAGUUUUCAAAGAUGAGGAUGGUGUGGCAUACCUUAUCUACUCCUCUGAAGAAAAUAACGUACUACACAUCGGACCCCUGACUGAAGAUUAUCUGAACGUGACGUCUGUCAUGAGAAGGGUUUUUGUGGGACAACGCAGAGAAGCACCAGCUGUUUUCAAGCACCAGGGUACAUAUUACAUGAUCACAUCAGGGUGCACAGGAUGGGCCCCAAAUGAAGCACUGGCUCAUGCAGCUGAGUCAAUCUUGGGGCCUUGGGAAACAAUGGGAAAUCCAUGUGUUGGAGGGAACAAAAUGUUCAGGAUUGCCACCUUUCUUGCUCAGAGCACUUUUGUUCUUCCCCUACCUGGGUACCCAGGUUCAUUCAUUUUCAUGGCUGAUAGAUGGAGUCCAGCUGAUUUAAGAGACUCCAGAUAUGUUUGGUUGCCUUUGUUUGUGGCAGGACCUGCUGAUCAAGCACUAGAGUACAGUUUUGGAUUCCCAUUGUGGUCAAGAGUUUCUAUCUAUUGGCAUAGAAAAUGGAGACUGCCACAUGGGUGGAGCACAUUCAAAUAAUUUGGUCUUUUGCUGUACAUUUCUGGUAAUUAAGGAAGCACUGAUACCUCGGACUUUUUCUUUUAGUUUUUGAUUUUAUAUCAAUUAAAAUGAAAAUACCACAAUAAUUAGGUAAACGAUUACUUUUAUUAUGUAUACAAAUGACUAGUGCUAAAUUGCAGAAUAUCAACUUACUCUUUUGAUAAAGUAUUUUCUGUUUUUAUGUUAGUUUUAAACAUGUCUUGGUUAACUAUUUUAAAUUUGUUAUGUUCUUGUAUUCAAGUUCUAUUGUAUGUAUGUUCCGGGUCAUAUUGAUGUUUACUUCGGUCGUCAUAUGUGAAGACUCACUAUAUAUCUUACCAAGUUGCAUGCCCUUGAUAAUAGAAAGCUCACUUACUUUACGAGGCCUCGGACAGAGAAAUUCAGUCUCAAGAACAUGCAUCGCACUUGAACUCUUUCAAUUAAGGGAAGUUCAUGUUAGUUUGAGGAAUCCUAUGUAUAUUGAGAAAGAUUAUCCACUGAUAUGGAUAUUUUUAACUGUAAUAAUCAAGCAUUGCUCUCCAGCGAUGUAAUGACCUUAUGUAUAAUUAGUUGUGUAAACUAUUUUCGU